AUGAUCGACACACCUUGCUCGUCUCAUGUCAUGACGUCUAACAGUGGAAUUCUUCCUCUUGAAAUCUGCGAGACCGUUCUUGACUAUCUUCCUACCCGAUCCACGGAGCUUUGUCGCUGCGCCUUAGCAUGCAGAGCUUUCGCCAUCCACGCUCAAUCUCGCCUCUUCAGGACAAUCUCGAUACCCACAUCCCAGUCAACGGAUCCACACCCUCUUCUCCAAAUUUUCCGCUCCUCGCCUUCUGUUUCCGGUUAUGUCCAAUCCAUGAGCAUUGGACUCCGUCCGAACAACGAUGUCUUCGCGUCUCUCGCGGAAUGCAGCUUAGGCUGGCCGCGGUUGCGGACACUUGUGUUAUACCCUGUCUUUAGCAGUCCCGAAGUUCACGAAAACAUCUAUGCCAUCCUUUUGGGGGCACCGACGCUUCACCAACUAGAUAUAUUUUUUGCAUCGCCUAUCGAUGGCAAUGCAACCAUAUACCCAAUCCUCCGUUGCUGCUCUGAGAGUCUUCAGGUUUUGGGUUUGCACACGCUCUCCCUUACGGGCUUUUAUAGUGAGCCACGGACACCAGGCCCACCACGAGAUCUAGCAACAUAUCCCAAAUUACAAGAGCUCGUCAUUGCUGAUUCGUGGUACCUGAGCACCAUCCUAAUGUUCGCCCAGACUGGGUGUCCUCUGGACUUGAGCAAUUUGCGCACAUUACGAUACACUUCCCGCUCUCUUUCGAGCUCCAAAUUGACAUCGUCCCUCAACAGAGUACUGCAGAAAACUACCAGUCUGCGUCAUUUGCAUAUCAAUGUUUCUGAUGACGUUAUCGAGAAAUUAGACCUAUCCGCGCACCGUCUACUCUCCCACAUCGAAACCGACCAACACUCUAAUAUCGCCGCCAUUCUGGCCCGACUCCCUGAAAGCAACUGCCUGACAGCAAUCACUAUCCAGACCUCGAUCCUCGUCGACGACUGGGCACAGGGCGAUCAUCGGUCCAACAGAGAAGUUUCUAACCGACUCCCGCGAUAUGCCGCCAGGUUGCAGGAGGUCAUCGUCGGCGAAAAGCCGAGCCGCUUUCCAAGGCUCGAAAGGGUUGUACUCAAAAUCAAGCCAUAUGACGAGGACGAUCGGCUGCCCGUCACGCUGAGGGAUAUGAAGCGGCAAUUGGAGGAGGCGUUUUGGAAACUCCACAGGCGCGGGCUGUUGUUGGUGCAGUAUCCUGGAGAUGGCCUUGUUUGA